UGUCGCGGCCGCCACCAGAGAGCAGCAGCCAUGGCCCUGCGCUACCCCAUGGCCAUGGGCCUCAACAAGGGCCACAAGGUGACGAAGAAUGUCAGCAAGCCGAGACACAGCCGGCGCCGCGGGCGCCUCACCAAGCACACCAAGUUCGUGCGGGACAUGAUCCGGGAGGUGUGCGGCUUCGCGCCCUACGAGCGGCGUGCCGUGGAGCUGCUCAAGGUGUCCAAGGACAAGCGCGCGCUCAAGUUCAUCAAGAAGAGGGUGGGCACGCACAUCCGCGCCAAGAGGAAGCGGGAGGAGCUGAGCAACGUGCUGGCCGCCAUGAGGAAGGCCGCGGCCAAGAAGGACUGAUCCC